UAGCAGGUAGCGGUGGCCGCGUACUGCUCGACACCCUGAGGACGAGGCUGCAUUCUCGUUUGUUAUCGAUCAGUGUUGUGGAACUCCGUCACACUCUUGUCCGCUCAAACCCGACAAAAACUCAUGGAAAGUCAAGGAAGCACCGUAGCUGCUCCGCUGCCGGACAAGCAGGGCCAGGCUUACAGUCAGCAGCCUGCCCCAGGGUAUGCCCCAGGGUAUAACGCCGGGCAGAUGUCUCAGGCUCCCGUCCCCCAAGUCAUGUACCCCCCAGGCCAAGCCCCACCGGCCUACUCGACGGCUCCACCAGUUCAGUACAUCAUUCAGAACCCCCAACCGCUUGUCAAUCCACCCAAUGAUUACUUCAUCCAGGCCAUACUCGUCACCGUGUUCUGUUUCUGGCCAACCGGCAUCAUUGCCAUCAUCAAAGCAUUGGAUUCACGCAGAGCCGCCCAGACCGGUGAUGCCCAGAAUGCCCAGCUGUCCUCCCAAGCUGCUCGCAAGAUGUCCCUCAUCAGUCUCUUUGUUGGCAUAGCGAUACUCGUCGUCAUUGCCAUCAUCAUCGUCAUUGAGCUGGUGGUCGUCUUCUCCUUAUACUAACGACUUGAAGGCACUGGGGCCGGUUUCACAAAACCAGAAGACGGUUCAAUGAUUUCAGGACAAAGCAAUAAUGCAUGUAGUCACCAGAUUAAACGACCCAAACACUGAUAUUAAAUUAAGACAAGUGUUAGUUACCAAUGAAGUUUGGAUGCAUUGAACAAAUCAUACAGUUUGG